AUGUCCCCCGCCCCGUCCCUCCCCCCGCGCUUCACCGUCCCGCCCCUGCCCCCCACCCUCCACCGCCGCAUCCACCUCCUCCCCCAUGACGCCGGCAUCAUCCUCGCUCCGCCGGGAGGAGCGCCGGGCGUACUCAUUCAUUGGGGCGUCAGGGGCAAGAUCGAGCCUCUCGACGGCGCAGAGGAGGGCGAGCUCGUCCUAGGAGGCGUGCUGGGCAUUGCAAGACUAUGGGAUGCUGCAUACUUGUUUGUGUUCCUACCCCGCACCGGCACCCCUCUUUUUCCUCCCCACGACGACGACGAGCCUUCGCACGAGGUCUACACCUUGGGAGAUAUACAUGCCAUUCCUCUCACCCGAGACGGUUCAGCUGUCUCCAUCAAGCGUCUCAUUGCUCUGCAAGAGUCACGCAAGCCCAAACCGAAAUCUGCAACAAGAUGGAGCUUGGCGAUCCCGAUCUCAGGUGCAGGUGCUUUGCCUCAAGAACGCGACCAUCUUGCUGCCUCCUCGGACGAGGACGAGGACGAUGACGAGCCCUUGACACCAGAAGCGGACGAGUCACCCAUCCCGACCAAGGCCCGCCAAUGGACCAAGUUCAUCCCCAAAUUCCGAAAGCGAUCUGAAUCUUCCGCGGAACCCCCAAAGAGACAAGAGCUGGAGGAGAAGAUUGUGCGGCAAAUCAAGAGGGAGUUUGAGAAUGGUUUCUUCUUCUCGUAUGACUUUGAUAUCACGCACAGCUUGCAGGCGAAGCGGCACACCGUCUCCCAACGGGCUGCAUCAGGUGCUGCGCUGGCCGAUCUCAUCCCCAAAGAGAACUCGCUCUUUCCUCCCUCUGUUGCUAGCACCCUCCGAUCGAGUAACGACACCGCCACCGGGCACUCUACUGGAGAGGACUUUGUCGAGCCCGACAUCUACGUCCCGCUAUGGCGCAGAGCCGACAAACGCUUCUUCUGGAACGAAUAUCUCAUGAAGGACUUUAUCGAUCUAGGACUUCAUUCUUAUGUCGUUCCUGUCAUGCAGGGAUGGGUCCAGUCGUCAACCUUUACGAUACCCAUCCCGCCCAGCCCUCUUGACCCCAUUGCGCAGACAAGCGGAGUCCCAGUGGAUAUUGCGGUAAUCUCUAGAAGAAGUAGAGAUCGGGCGGGAUUGAGGUAUCAGAGGAGAGGGAUAGACGACAAUGGGCAUGUUGCAAACAUGGUGGAGACUGAGAUGGCUGUACGAGCCAAGGUCGAAGGGAAAAUGUCCUUGUUUAGUUUUACUCAAGUCCGAGGGUCUAUCCCUCUGCGCUGGUCUCAAUCACCUUACUCUAUGAAACCGCCUCCGGUCCUGAACGAGCCUGUCGACAAGACGUAUGCAGUGGCCAAUCUGCACUUUAAUGAUCUCGUUUCCCGAUAUGGUCACAUUACAAUCAUCAACCUAUCCGAGCAGCAUGGUAAAGAAGCUCCGAUCACAAACGGUUACAAGCAGCUCACCACCGAACUGGAACGGGACGACGUUACAUAUGCCGAGUUUGAUUUCCACGCCAAGUGUUCCGGGAUGAAGUGGGAAAACAUUGUAGAGCUGGUGGACUCGUUGGAUUUCGAGACAAUGGGGUACUUGUGGACAUUGCAAGGGGAGGCUCUUCGAGAACAACAAGGCGCUUUCAGAACAAACUGCAUUGACUGUCUUGACCGAACCAAUGUUGUCCAAUCCGCCAUCGCCCGGCGCGUUCUUGUGCAUAUGCUUAUCCAGCUUGGACUUCAAGCCGAGGGGCCGGUCGUCGAGAACGUCUUCAACGACAUAUGGGCCAACAACGGAGACAUGAUCAGUCUCUGUUAUGCGCAUACUUCUGCUCUUAAGGGUGACUUUGUCAGGACUGGCAAGCGAGAUUUCUCUGGGAUGUUGCACGACGGAGUCAGCUCGCUCAGUCGCAUGUUCUACGGCGCCAUCUCUGACUUUUUCGCCCAAGCCGUCAUCUCCUUCCUCCUUGGCCACCGCAAUCUCGCAGUGUUCAGCGAGUUUUUGGAAACGCUUACGAGUGAAGAUGCGGUUAGUGUGAUCAAGCUGGACAGGUUACGAAACGUCGCGAUCGAGACGUGCUCUGCAAGGGUGUUGAGUGAAGGUGAAGACAAGAUUGGGGGCUGGAUCCUUCUCUCCCCCGAGGCCAAGAGUAUCAGAAUCAGCUCGGCCACUGAGGAGAAGAUCCUUAUCUUGACCCAAAAGGCCAUCUAUGUCGCCUCCUUCAACUAUUCCCUCGAGAAGGUCACCGAAUUCACCCGAAUCCCCCUUGCUAGCAUAACUCAAAUUCAACGCGGCGCUUACAUCCUCUCCACCCUCCAAGAAGCCAGCCGCGAUCCCAAGGAAAACGCUGGCCUCAUCAUACAAUUCUCUCCCGCAGACGAGUCGACGCGGUAUAGCACUUACUCGCUACGCAACAAGGCACCGCCACCUUCUGCUGCCAGCUCAGAACAUCCUCCGCACACCCCACUCCCGUCGGUGCAACAUGCGUCGAUAGAUCCGCUCGCCAAAGAGUUCUUUGCUUUCAAAGCAUUGCCUGGGCAGUCUGGUGACGCGACGUGUAUGGAGACGGUAAAGGACAUUGUUUCUCAACUAGAGAAGGCGUGUAAGAGGGACGGGCUGGUUGUGGAGAAAGACAUUGUCAGCCUAACGGAAGCAGAGUCCUCCACUACUCUCCUGGCAAAAAUGGACUAUGCUUUUAAGAGAGCGCUGUGGUUGUGA